GAGGGAGACAGGAGGCACAGCAGCGGCGGUGGCGGCGGUAGCCGCGGCCAGAGACUGGAAGUGCAAUCAGUCUGCUUUAGUUCAUCAAAAUAAUGCCUCGCAGAAGAUCAGACUUAGGUCGUCGUACUCGCAGAGCGGAAGCAAAGCGACGAGUAAUUGCAAAUCAAACUGAGGAAGAACGGGCAUCAGCGAAUGAGCGAAACAGACGAAGAAAGGCUCAAAGACGUGCCGAAGAAUCAGCAGAGCGACGUGCAGCCAGACUUGAGGAUGCACGGUUGCGAACACGGCGAGUGCGUUCUGCAGCUUCAAAACUGCUUCGUUAUCAACAGAAUGAACGCAACAGACUGAGAGUGGCUGAAAGACGUCAACGAGAAACAGCAGAUCAGCGUCAAACACAACUCCGUGCUCAGCAAUCACGGGAUUACAAUCGCUUUGCGUUCUGGAUGGCAGACACAGACCUAUUUAUGGAAUGUGAGGAGGAGGAGCUGGAGCCGUGGCAGAAGAUCAGCGAUGUGAUCGAGGACUCUGUGGUUGAAGAUUACAAUUCAGUUGACAGAACUGCUACAGUUUCGGUGAGCGUGCAGCCAGUUGCCACCCCAAUGCCGAUCGUUGCUCACGCAUCCAUUGGUGGCGGCCUCACAACCUCCACAUCUGUCAGCGGCAGCGGGGGACCCAACAGCGACAGCACAAAGAAGACGCUGGUGACACUUUUUGCAAACAACAGCGCUGGCACUCCUCUUGUUCAGCAAGGCGGGCAGCCUCUGAUCCUCACACAGAACCCAGGCUCUGGCCUCAGCACGGUGAUGACCCAACCAGUCCUCCGGCCUGUGCAGGUCAUGCAGAACGCCAACCAUGUGACCAAUUCCCCGGUAACCAGUCAGCCCAUCUUCAUCACGACUCAGGGUUUCCCCGUGCGGAACGUCCGGCCUGUGCAGAACGCGAUGAACCAGGUUGGGAUUGUCCUGAAUGUACAGCAAGGCCAGACAGUGCGGCCCAUUACCCUUGUCCCAGCCCCAGGCACUCAGUUUGUGAAGCCUGCAGUCGGCGUCCCUCAGGUUUUCUCGCAAAUGGCCCAGGUGAGACCUGGUCCGGCCAUGCCGGUCCGGCCAUCUUCCAACACGUUCACGACGGUCAUUCCAGCCACCCUUACCAUCCGGAGCACGGUACCACAGUCGCAGGUCCAACCGCAAAGUAAGUCCUCUCCCAGCACCUCCUCCACCACCACCACUCCUACUCCAGCACAGCCAACCGCACUGGGACAGUUAACUGUACAGCAGCCAGGGCAGUCCACUCAAGCUACUAACCCCAAAUUAGUGAGCAUUGCAAGUUUCGUGACAGUGAAAAGGCCCGGGGUGACGGGGGAGAACAGCAAUGAGGUGGCAAAGCUGGUGAACACCUUGAACACGGUCCCUUCCCUUGGCCAGAGCUCGGGCCCCAUUGUGGUCUCCAACAACAGCCCGGCCCAUGUCUCUCAGAGAGCAGGCAUCUCGGAGUCUUCGUCGCAGAAAGUCAGCUCCUCCCCCAUCCCCGCCUUCGACCUGCAGGACAGCGGGCGGAAAGUCUGUCCCCGGUGCAAUGCCCAGUUUAGAGUCACUGAAGCUUUAAGAGGCCAUAUGUGUUACUGCUGCCCUGAAAUGGUGGAGUUCCUGAAGAAAGGGAAGCCCCUGGAGUCUGAACCAAAUAUCCAAGCCCCCAAGCCCCCUUCCCCGGAGAAAGCAGCCGCCGUCGCUUCGCCCCCCUCCUCCACCCCCAUCCCCGCCCUCUCGCCGCCAGCCAAAGUCUCUGAGCACAGCGACGGCACGGGCGACGGGGCGCAGAGCAAGCUGAUAAUGCUGGUGGACGACUUCUACUACGGCCGGGACGGCGGGAAGGUGAACCAGCUGCUCAACUUCCCCAAGGUGCCAACGUCCUUCCGCUGCCCGCACUGCACCAAGAGGCUCAAGAACAACAUCCGGUUUAUGAACCACAUGAAGCACCAUGUUGAGCUGGAUCAGCAGAACGGUGAGGUGGACGUCCACACCAUCUGCCAGCAUUGUUACCGGCAGUUUUCUACGCCCUUCCAGCUUCAGUGCCACUUGGAGAAUGUACACAGCCCCUACGAAUCAACCACGAAAUGCAAGAUCUGUGAAUGGGCUUUCGAGAGUGAGCCCAUGUUCUUGCAGCACAUGAAGGACACUCACAAGCCAGGGGAGAUGCCCUACGUUUGCCAGGUCUGCCAGUACCGCUCGUCACUCUACUCUGAAGUAGACAGCCAUUUCCGAAUGGUCCACGAGGACACGCGGCACCUCCUCUGCCCUUACUGCCUCAAGGUCUUCAAGAACGGCAACGCCUUCCAGCAGCAUUUCAUGAGGCACCAGAAGAAGAGCAUCUAUCACUGCAACAAGUGCCGGCUGCAGUUCCUCUUUGCCAAGGACAAGAUUGAGCACAAGCUGCAGCACCACAAAACCUUCCGCAAGCCCAAGCAGCUGGAAGGGCUAAAACCAGGCACCAAGGUCACCAUCAGGGCCUCCCGAGGGCAGCCGCGGACUGUGCCCUUGUCUGCCAACGACAUGCCCCCAGGCCUCCUGCAAGACACCACCUUGCUCUCAGCCUCAGCGGACCCCCAGCCCAACUUCCUGUGCCCACCUUACCAGAGGAACAUCCAAAAGAAAGCCGUCAGGAAGAUGAGCGUCCUUGGUCGGCAAACGUGUCUGGAGUGCAGCUUCGAAAUCCCGGAUUUCCCAAACCACUUCCCCACCUAUGUCCACUGCUCGCUAUGCCGCUACAGCACCUGCUGCUCCCGCGCCUAUGCUAACCACAUGAUCAACAACCACGUUCCUCGCAAGAGUCCGAAGUACUUGGCCUUGUUCAAAAACUACACUGCUUGUGGGGUGCGAUUGGCUUGCUCGGCUUGUCUCUUUGCCACAUCAGAAGGCGACGCGAUGGCCAAGCACCUUGUCUUCAACCCCUCGCACGAAUUCAGCAACGUACUCCUACGAGGUUCCACCUGGAGUUCGCAUUCAAGGCCUGCCCAGCCCUUUGACAGAGGCGUGAAUGCCCCCAGCUCCACCUACCCGCCAAUCAAAGCUGCUACCGUGAACACGGCCUCGCCUCUGCCUGAGGACGAGAAAGAGAAAGAGAAAGAGAAGGAAGCACCUGAAGCUGGCAACAGACCCCCUGUCGUCGCUCCCACUCCAGCUCCCGCCACUAUCCAGGAGGAUGAAGACGAGUGCUUGAACGUGGAAGAUGAGGACAAGGAGCCGCCGGUGAAGGAAGCACCUGAGCCGGCAAGCCGAAAGGAACAGCUCUCAGUGAAGAAGCUACGGGUGGUCCUCUUCGCUCUGUGCUGCAACACAGAGCAGGCGGCGGAGCACUUCAAGAACCCCCCGCGGCGGAUCCGGCGCUGGCUUCGGCGGUUCCAGGCUUUCCAGGAAGAGAAUGUGGCCUCCCUGUCAGAGGGGAAGUACCUGAGCUUCGAGGCGGAGGAGAAGCUGGCAGAGUGGGUGCUCACCCAGCGGGAGCAGCAGUUGCCGGUCAACGAGGAGACCCUCUUCCAGAAGGCCACGAAGAUUGGGCGGUCCUUGGAAGGCGGCUUCAAGAUCUCCUAUGAGUGGGCCGUCCGCUUCAUGCUCCGGCACAACCUCAGCACACACAACCGCCGGGCGGUGGCCCACACUCUCCCCAAGGACGUCGAGGGCAGUGCCAGCUGCUUCAUUGAGUUCGUGCAGCGGCAGAUCCACACCCAGGACCUGCCUCUAUCCAUGAUAGCCGCCAUCGACGAGAUCUCCCUCUUCCUGGACGUGGAAGUGCUCUGCAGCGAUGACCGGAAGGAGAACGCCUUGCAGACAGUGGGGACGGGGGAGCCCUGGUGUGACGUUGUCCUGGCCAUCUUGGCUGACGGGAGCGUGCUGCCCACCCUCGUCUUCUACCGGGGCCGGGUGGAGCAGGCCGCCAAUGUCCCGGAGACGAUUGUCCUGGAGGUGAAGGAGGGCGGCUACAGCGACGAUGAAAUCAUGGAGUCAUGGUCCUCCACGGUGUGGCACAAGCACAUAAAGAGCCAGAACAGCAAAGGCAUGCUGGUCCUGGAUUGCCACCGGACGCACCUCUCUGAAGAGGUCCUCUCCGUGCUGAGCUCCUCCAACACGCUGCCGGCGGUUGUCCCCGCCGGCUGCAGCUCCAAAAACCAGCCGCUGGAUGUUUGCAUCAAAAGGACCGUGAAAAACUUCUUGCACAAAAAGUGGAAGGAGCAGGCCAAGGAGAUGGCUGACUCCACAUGCGACUCGGACAUCCUCCUCCAGCUGGUCCUGUGCUGGCUGGCCGAGGCGCUCGAGGUCAUCAGCGACUGCCCCGAACUGGUCCAGCAGUCCUUCCUGGUGGCCAGUGUGCUCCCAGGCCCCGAUGGCACGGCCAACACACCCACCCGCAAUGCUGACAUGCAGGAGGAGCUCAUUGCCUCGCUGGAGGAACAGCUGAAGCUCAACAACGAGCCCCAGGAGGAGGAGGAGGAGGAGGAGGCAGAGCUGCAGGACGGGGCAUCGGUUGCGCCAGCCGAGGAAUCCACCAACCCCGAGAUCCUCCACCAGCUCUUUGAAGGGGAGAGCGAGACAGAAUCGUUCUACGGCUUUGAGGAUGCUGACUUGGAUCUGAUGGAAGUCUGAGUGCUUUCCCACUUGAUCCAGAGAAAGAGUUCUUUUCCUCUCUCUUUUAUAUAUAUAUAGAUAUAUAUAUAAAAGAAAAUCAAUGUUGGAUGAGACCAUUUUCACUUCCCUGUGGAUCUGUGGGUACAGGAGAUUAGUAGGUGAACAUGCAGACUAAUAGCCAUUUUAUGCUGUCUGUUCAUUUCUUUAAAAAGAAAAAAUGUGCUUAAUUUGUUUUUGUUUUUUCUUAAAUCACUGUGUUGCUCUUUUCUGAAGAUAUAUUGUGGGUGAAUUAUUUUUUGCUUUUCAUUUUCUUUACCUCACUGUAUUAUAGUUUCUGGGUUGUGUUUGUUUUAUACUGUGCAAACAAAGUUUUUAAUUAAACCACAUCAUCAAUGUGACCUUUUUUCUUUUGGAAAAACCAAGGAACACCAAUAUGUAGCUAAAGAAUGAAAAUCUCUACACCCCCCCACACUUUUUUUUUUAAAAAAAUGUCAUAACACAGACCUCCCCCACCCUCCCCAUUUUAACACGUGGAUUCAGAAAUGUUGAUUUCAAGGUGAUAACAUCUUUUCUUUCUUUUAAGGUAUGAAUGUUUUCUUUAACACAUUGAAAGCUCUAUAGCCACCCUUUGAAAAUUUGAGGUUUCCUUAUUAACAAAGAGGACAGCAAUUAAAGGCCGACAUCAUUGUUUAGGGACAGGAAAGGGGUUGAUCCCACCUGUUGGUCACCAGCAAAUGGAUCUUUAUAGACAUAUAAGUGCCAUGCUUUGGGUUGACUGAUGAUCCACUUUGGUCGAGAGUUACCUGGACUUCCAGGCAGCUGCCGUAACUUCCUCACUUUCUCGUCCGUUGGCUAAACUACUGGACACCUGCUCCUUCUGAUUCCUAGCAAGAGUAUAAACUGUGGAAGCUUCAAGCCUUUUGACAGCUCCGUUCAAGUUGGCAACAUCCUUUCUGGUUGGCUUGUUGGUUGCAAGCUAAUCCUCUCCUGGACCAUUGACUUUAAAUCUUCUGAAAACUAUCGAUAGCUACUGAAUCCUGCUUUCUCUGACGGCGCCAAUACACACUACGUCCCCCAAAUUUGCUGCUUCAGUUGAACCCAGCUGCACACACAAAAACAAGGGAGAACUUGUUUUUAUUUUUCACUGCCAGCGUAAAAAACAGAGACAAAAGAAAGACAAAAAGAGGUGUUUUUUCUACUGUUUGCAUGUUUGAGAGUUUUUUAAAAAUCGUAACGUAUUAUGCUCUGAACAAUGAAAAGCAUUUUGACAUGACGAAAAAACGUGGGAGCCUCCUCCCUCCCCCACCCUUCAUGCCACUUCUGGUUUUGCUUUUUUCCGUUGAAGUUUUAAGACUCGCCUCUGUGGCCGACGCCUUCCCUCCCUUCCCUCGAAGCCCCCAAUAUGCCCACCCCACUCCCCACCCCAGUGACUCAAGGGAAGAAGGAAACAGGGUGGGCUGACCUGUAAAUGAUUAAUCUCUAAAAUGUACAUACGUGGAACAUUUAAUAAAGCCAGGGAAAUGGAUUUAUAAACGCUGUGUUUUUAUUACAGAGAAUGACAGCUGGACAGGGAGGGGAGAAGUUUUGUGCCUAUUGUAAAUUAACAGGCGCUUCAGGCAGGAUACCCGAUACAACCUGGUGUCCUCCAUCCAGGUGUUUUGUACUUCAUCUUCUAUCAGCCCAAGGUAGCACAGCUGUUUGAUGCUGAGGUCAGCGGCGGGGGGGGGUCUGUGUCAGCUGGUGGGUGCUGACAGAACGUAAAGCAGCUGUGGUCAAGCAAGUUGGUGAAGGGAGCACUCAACUGCAUUUUCAGUUGUGGGGUCCGGAGGAAAGUGUUAUUUGGGCCAGAUCCCCAAAGAGACUUUUCUCUUCUGUGCCUUUGGAAUGCUGUGUAGUUUUGGUUGCCACAUCUCAAAAAGGAUAUUAUAGAGUCGGAAGAGGUUCAGAAAAGGUCCACCAAGAGGUGGCCUUGUAGACAAGCAUAAAAUUAGCAUGGUCUGGAGCAAAUGGAGAGUGUUUCUCUCUGUUAAACAACACUAGAAUCCCUUCCUUCCUUCCUUGGACGCACAGAUUACCACCCCAGCCCCUGCACAAAGUGGAUCUUGCCAUUCCAUCAUCUUUUCCCUUUCCAGUCCAAGGGGCUCAUCUUCCUCCUCAUUCCCACCCCAGUGCCAACCACUUUAGCUGACAUUUCUUCCUCUCUUGCUCUUCCUCCUUCUCUGCAGACAGUGUCAUGCCCCCUUAUCCCACCCUCCCCUCAAGACUGUAAGCAGCUCUCAAACUUGGUGCCGGGGUGCUUUGAAAAUUAGAUAGCCAACAUGGUGCUUGUUCAGAUGUUUUGAACGCCUGGCUCUCAGUGGUCCCAUGCGUUGGUAGUUGUACUUGCUGCUCCUGAGCGCAUCAGGGGUUUAAGAAUGAGAUUGGUAACAGCAGGGGCGUCGGGUACACCGAGGGCAGGGGUGGCAAACUCUGAGCCUGUAUCUGCCUGUCAAACUGCAGAAAGUGGGCUGCCAAUUCCUGCCCCUUUUUUCUUCCACUUGGCAAGCGAAGUGUCCAUGUGCAUUCUCUGGAUCUGUGUUGGAACUGAACCACACAGGCCCAAACAGCACCAUUCAUUAGUGAUUACGUUAAUUUCCCCUUAAAGGACGGACCCAUUCACACAGUCACUAACUGCAUGACUGAUACGGCACAUUCAGUUUAGCCCUCAGCCCGAGUCUGAUCAAUUCCCCCUACAUCAAAUAAUACAUUACCCUGGUGGUAGAAAAUCAGAAUGUCAAGAAAGGCUGGACUGCAGGCUUCUUCCUUGAUGUGCCAGCUUUCUACAAUGCAGGAAAUUUUCUGGGAGCUUUUUGUAGAUGGAGAAGCUUUUUUUAUAAAAAAAAAUGCACCUCCCACCCUACUUUCUUUAAUUGUGUCAGUCCCCACCCCCGACACACACAAACAGCCUCAUCACAAGAUUAGUCUGACAAGCUCAGCAAGGGGAGAAGCCAGCAAUGCUUUAAGAUGACACAGUAUCAGGAAUGCCCGAUUCAGGUCAACACGAAGCUGAUAGCAGAG